CCGGUGUCGUAUCCUGGUCGUUGUAAUCACUUCGCAAUGCUGUAACACUAUAAUCUAGAACUAACAGCUGUUAUAACCUACAGAGAAACAGACAGGAGAAAAUCGAAGUGAUUGUUUAUAGGCACUUUCAAUUAUGGAGGAGCAAAACUUUUCUAUCAUUAUUGACACCAGAAAAUUAUUGGAGUGGUUAAUCAGCAGGCGACAUUGCAAUAAAGAUUGGCAUACAAAGGUUUUAGUUAUUAGAGAAAAAAUUAAUAAUGCCAUUCAAGAUAUGCCUGAACAUGAUGAUAUUGCUAAAUUAUUAUCUGGAACAUAUAUAAACUAUUUCCACUGCUUAAAAAUAGUGGAAAUAUUGAAAGAGACCGAGGCUGAUACAAAAAAUGUUUUUGGAAGGUAUGGUUCGCAGAGAAUGAAAGACUGGCAAGAAAUAGUGAAGGCAUACGAAAAAGACAACUUGUACUUGGCAGAAAUAGCACAAAUGCUUAUUAGAAAUGUCAUAUACGAAGUGCCUAGCAGUAAGAAACAAAUUCAAAAAUUGGAGCAGAUGCAAACUGACUUUGAAAAGAAGGAAGCAGAGUAUAAAAAAUUAGAGAAUGCAGCUCAGUCAGAGUUCGAUGCAUUUUGUAAGCAAUUAUGCAUUGAUGGCCAUCAUAUCAAACAGGAACUGGCGGAAAAAGUAAAAGAACUGCCAGAAAUUUAUGAGAAAAUUGCCAAAGAAUCAAAAUCAGUACAAAAAGCUAUAGAAUUUUAUUGUGCUUUUGUUAAUUACACUCUAGGUAGACUGCACGAUGAUGGCUGUGUUCCCAUGCUGAAAUAUGUAAUUGAAAAGGGGAAUACUACCACGUAUGAAUGGAUCUAUGGAGAACCCCCGUUAUCAAUUAAUGAACCACCUUUAAACAUAAACACUGAUAAUGACGAUUUAGAAAGUAAAAAAGCUGAAGAAACAGAAACUGAAAUUGAUUUUGGGGAUAUCGAUUUGAACGCAGACAUAGAUUGGGGUGGUGAUAUUAAUUUGCAAGAUGGGGCAGAAAUUGACUGGGGCGAAGGGAAUGCGGAAGUAGAUGCGCCCGCGGAUGGCAUAGAUUUCAAUAUCUCCUUAGAAGAGUCUGGUAUAGUCGUGGAAGCAGCUGGUCUCGAAGGUGGAGUGGCUAGCGGUACCGAAGCGUACACGGUUCUUGACAAUCCUUCUACCAGAAGUGAUUUUAUUAAUCAAUUGUACGAGCUGGAAGCAUUCCUUAUAUUACGAUUACACGAAUUAAAAGCCGACGAUGGCGUGAAUUUCCUAAGCUUCAGUCAGAUUCAUGAUUCUAUUCUGCAAUAUUCGAAUGUAAAAAACACUCAGAAUAUGUUAGAGAGUGUGGAAGCCGUUUUAUCCCAGAUGCUGAACCCAGUGGUUCAACACCUGCAUAACAUUAAACAUUCUCCGAGUUAUAUAGAUAAGUUUUCUACAACCUUGAAACAUAAGCAGAGUUUAGUGGACAAAAUGAUAGCAAUGCAACAUACAAUGAAACAGAAAAGGCAAACUGCCGCGAAAGAAGUGGCGGCGCUUCAACCCCUUUUACAAUGUAUCAUACAAAGGACAAAGGAGCUACAAGAAAAGAUAGAACAAGAUAUUUCAAAGAAGUACAAAAACCGAGAUGUACAAUUAACCGGGAUUCUGAACCAAUCUCCAUGGUGACGAGGUGCAUACGGCUUUGGUCGUUGGGCAAGGGUAACGUCUCAGACACUCUGCGAACGAACGAUCGCACUCGCAUAACCGUUGAGAACACGACCCAGAUCCUCCCCAGUUUCCAUGCUCAACGGCUGCAAAAUAAACGGGCCUAAUAAUUAUGGAAUCGAAAAUAGUUUAGAAGCUGCAGAAACACGGUGGAACGUACCGCAGACCGGCUUGUAGCCAUGAUAACAUCUCCAAUAAUAUGGUACAAAGUACUCUGAAAACAUCGGACAAUCCGUAGCAUCGUAGCACCAGUCAUGCAUUUUACAACACCUGGAAAAAAACAAUGUUCAACUUCGGAUGAUCCAUGGUAAACAAUUUCCUGAAUUUCUUUGGCAUUUUCUCCAUCUCGAGCAUCAAUUAUUGAAACUUUAAAGAUGCUUUCAUGAGAAAUGAUUCCUUACUCUAUAUCGAUGAACAUAUUACAAUUACAAUUAUAUUUGUUAAUCUUGUCAUACUGAUAAGAUUGCUUUAAAGCAUUUUAUGCAUUUAGAUCUAAAGAAUUUAAGAAUAAGAAUAAGAAUCCUGGAUUCAGUGAAAUUAGUAAAGGAAGAACGAAGUUUCCAUUCUUCUCUAUAGAACUGAUUCAGACAAUUCUUACUUUACAUAAAGACCAGCAGUAUACUUUGAAGGUUCAAUAGUGACAUAUAAGUAAAUUACCUGUCUAUGCCGUCUAUAACAUAUCCUGCACCCAGAAAGCCGCAAUAACACCCAUAUCCUUUAUAAGAUAAAGGAUUGCAUCCGGUAGCACAAACCAGCAUAUUGUAAAGAUGUAUUACUCCCCUUUUGAUCCUUUUAUGGGACAGCGUCUCUUCGUUGUGUAUCCUAAAACAACCCGUAUUUUUUACUAGACCUUGUUCGAUAUUUUCCAAUAAAAUUAUACAGAAAUUUCGAAAAACCAGA